GUCAAUGCCCCUCCUUCCUUAACCGCCGUUUGCUUUCUUUCGUUCUUUCUGUAGCCUAACCCGGGAGGCGCCCCGCCAUGUGCAAAUCCAGCAAGAGUUCCCACGUGCUCCCCAUCACCUCCACGGUGGGGGUUGCCCGGGUCCUGCCCAGCGGGAAGGUCUACAGGCAGAUCUUCGACGACGAGAUCAACCUGGUGCAUGCUCUGGGGCGGGCUAGGAGCAAGAUCUCCCGGCAUAAAGUCCUUCCAGGAAAGAUCCCGUUGGUGAGAAAUUUGGAAAGAAGGACCACCUAUGGAUUCUUGUCCGAACGCCAGCAGACGUGGAUUGAGGCAAUGCCCAACGAUGAUCUCACUGAAAAUCCAGUGCAAUACAAGAAGGCUGUCGCUCUGGCACAUGCGAAGGCUAAAGAAAGCGAGAGCGUCAUUGCUGCGCGGGAAGUCAGAGGCCUUGCCGAUGUCAUAGUUUCAGAGAAAAGGACCAGCAAUAUUGUGGAGCGUAUCUACGAGAACAAAAAGUUGUGUUAUGAAGAAUAUGUGGCCCAGUUCAGGCAUGAACUAGCAUGCAUCGGGAAGGAAAUUGAAGAAUAUUAUGUGAAGCCUGGGAAAUUAUUGUUGACCCAGUUGCAGGAAUCCGACCAGAGUUUUGAAUCUUAUUUUCGUGCCUCUGAAAGUGAUAUCACUUUAAUCUCCUACGCCAUAGAGGACUUUGAGAAAAUGUGGGUCCUUCUCUUCCAAGAGAGCCAGCAAAGAAGGCAGUGGAUUCGAGAACUGGAUGAAGCUUUAUGCCAGGCCGAGGUGACCCGAGCGGAACGGAUCACAGUCGUAUUGAGCAAAUACACCAAGAUGCUGGAGGAUAUUUCUUACGUCUUAUCCUCGGAUGUCCACAGAUUCAUACACAAGGAAGCCAUGAUGAUCAACCAAGCUCUCCUGGCCAAUCGGAGGGCGAUCUCUAAGUUGUUCCUUAACCUGAUGGAGGCCGACCUGAAGAGGGAUUCCUCUUAUCGCUAUCAGCUGGAAGAGAGGAAGGAGGUCUGGAAAGGCGUGCAGAAGAAGCAUCUCAUUUCCAGUUUCCGAGAGUUUAUGGAAAGUGAAAGAAUACAGAACCCAAUUUCUGUGCAAAUGGAACUGGAGUCCAUGCUAGAAGAUCAGAGAAUUCUGGCCCAAAGAAGGAACGAGCAUUUAUUCUCCCUGGGGUAG